GAAACAGUGAGACACAUCCACAUGGUACAAACAAGGGGUUGAAUCUUGUUAAAUCUGUCAUGGUUUUUUUACUCUGAUCGAGGCACGCACCAGCUGACACCACCUGCCUCUUGACAACAAGAUUAACCUCUUCGGACUGUUCCAAGCCAAUAAUAGGUAGGCUUCCAUCUUGCAGGCGUUCGUCGCACCCGGAGAGGCGGCCUGGCUGGCGGCUACCAACUGCCCAUUACCAAAGGAUUACUGGUAGUGAACAACCAACACGUUAUCUUGACUUGGGUGGCACCCGACGUAUUCCGUACACAAACCAAUCCCACACUACCUUCGUUGUCUCCUCACAUCCAGCGAAAAAUGGCCAACAAACGAUCAAAAGCCGCGCCGGCCGACGACGAAUUCGGCGAGCUCUUUGAGGGGCUCGGCGACGAUAAGGCGAUUAAGAAGACAACAACCAAGGCCAAGCCGACCGCCGCCAAAACGAAGCCCGAUGCGACUGCCGAGCAAGACAUCCUCGCCGAGCUCGAGAGCGAACUGGUCGAAAAGGCGCCGUCGCGACCUCACACGCCCCGCGUCCGCGAGGCCGCUCCCAAGCCGUCUGCCGCAAAGCGGGCAUCGACCGAGACGCCCCCGCCCCGCGCCGACACCAGCCGCAAAUCGGUCGAGAGCACUCGGUCGCAUCAGGCCAGCGCCACCCCAAGCGCGACGAGCUCCGAGUCCUAUGAGGCUCCCAAGAAGGCCCAGGGCGCACAAGCAGCAGCAGGCGGCGGCGGCGGCGGCGGCGGCAGCUGGUGGGGAGGGCUGUUGUCCACCGCCACGGCCGCCAUGAAGCAGGCCGAAGCAGCCGUCAAGGAGAUCCAGCAGAACGAGGAGGCCAAGAAGUGGGCGGACCAGGUGCGCGGCAACGUGGGAGCGCUGCGAGGUCUUGGCGACGAACUCCGCCAUCGCGCCCUCCCAACCUUCACCAACAUCCUGCACACGCUCGCGCCGCCCAUCUCGUCGCACGAGCGGCUCCUCAUCCACAUCUCCCACGACCUGGUCGGCUACCCGUCGCUCGACCCGCUCAUCUACUCCGUCUUCAGCCGGGUCAUGGCGCAGGUCGAGGGCGGCGACCUGAUGGUGGUGCAGCGCGGACAUGAACAAACACAAACACAGCAGAAGCGCACCGGCACCGCCUCGGGAUGGCGCGACGGGCCGUGGUGGCGCCAGGCCGACGACGUGCCGCGCGACCUGGGCACGGUGCACGGCCUGGUGGAGGGCACCAAGCUAUGCCGGGCCAACGCCGAGGGGUAUGCGGCCGACUUCUUUGCCGCGCACGGCGGCGUCGAGGCGGCCAAGCGGCGCGCGCACGAGAUCGUCAGCGAGGCGAACCCCGUGCGCAGCUCUGAUCUGUUCUUGUCGGUGCAGGCUAUCAAUGUACCCGCGGAGAAGGAGAAGGAUAGGGUGCUGUUUGCCGGGUCGACGGCUGAGGAGAAGGAGAAGGCGGCUGGGAAGGAGGACGACGACGACGACGACGACGACGACGAGGAUGAGGUGUGCUUUGCCGUGUUUAUCCUGGAUCCCGUGCAUGAGAUCCAGUACGCGACGGUCAGCCAGCGGGUGCCGGCUCGGUGGAUCCGCUGGCUCGACACCCCGGCCACGCCACUGACGCCGGCCAGCGGGGACGAGGAGUUCCAGGCCGAGUUCGGCCGGGUGCCCGAGGAGAUCCGCGAGAUCAUCGAGAGCGGCGGCGUCGAUCCCCGCGAGUGGGUUGCCGAGUGGGUGGAGGAGGCGUUGGGUCUGGCGGUAGGCGUGGUUGCACAGCGAUAUGUGGCGCGUCGGAUGGGCGUGGGCGAAGGUGGCAUCGGUAAGGCGAAGCAGAAGGUGGAGAGUGUGCUGGAGAGCGGCGGCAAUGAGGCUGCGAGGGCUGGUUUGAUCUGAACGCAGUGUCACGUGUGGUUCGAAAUGGGUAUUUGCGUCACGAGAGGAAGGGGAAUUACUCGGCAUGUAAUGGAUACCUCGACGACUUUUCUUAGAGUGGCGUUGUGGCGGGUGAAUCAGGUGCUUUGUUUGCCUACCAUAAAGUAUCGUUAUGUCCAAGUGGCGAUUCAACGUGAUGAGCUUGCUUCACAAAGGUAUGCUUUCUGUAUAUUAGUCUCUGCCGCCAACGUGGGAGCUGUCGGAGAUUAGCUCGAUAGUACCUAUGCCCUUCGUAUUACCGCUCAGGUCGCGUUGUUCAUGCCUCGAUUCGAAUCAUAUCUAUUUGAUGUUUGGACAGCU